AUGGCUGAGAUCAGCAUCGACCAGUCCAAGCUGCCGGGAGUCAAGGAAGGUAGGCGGGGAAGAAGGGGCGGGGGGGUCGUGGGGGGGGAGGGAGACCCUUUUGCGAGACUGGGGCGGGGGGGGAGAGGAAGAGGAGAGCCCUUUGCCAGACACCGGGAAGUGGGGGGGGGGGAUCCGACGAAAGGAAGGAGACACCCUUGGAAGACUUGGGGAGGGGUCGGUGGGGGGGAAGGGAGACCCCUUGGCAAGACUGGGGGGGGACUUUUUGCAAGACUGGGGGGCGGCGUUGGGGAGAAAGGAGACCCUUUUGCGAGACACCGGGAAUGGGGGGGGGGGCGUCCGAGGGAAGGAAGAAGACCCCCUUACAAGACUUGGGGAGGGGGCGGUGGGGGGGAAGGGAGACCCUUUUGCAAGAGACCGGGGGGGGGGUCGAAGGAAGCAAGGAGACACCCUUGGAAGACUUGGGGAGGGGGCGGUGGGGGGGAGACCACUUUGCAAGACUGAGGGGGGGCGGCGUUGGGGAGAAAGGAGUCCCUUUUGCGAGACACCGGGAAUGGGGGGGGGGGGUCAGGACAAGGAAGGAGACCCCCUUGCAAGACUUGGGAAGGGGCGGUGGGGAGAAAGGAGACCCUUUUGCGACCCUCGAAGAUGGGGAGGGAGGGAGACCCCUUUGCCAGACACCGAGAAUGGGGGGCGGGGUUUCGAGGGAAGGAAGGAGUCCCCCUUGGAAGACUGGGGGGGGGGGGUCGUAGGGGAGAAGGGAGACCCUUUUGCGAUAUGGGGGGGCGUGAGAGGGAGACUUUUGCAAGACACGGGGGGGGGCUCGAGGGAUGGAAGGAGACCCCUUUGGAAGACUGGGGGAGGGGGCAGGGUUGGGGAGAAGGGAGACCCUUUUGCGACCUUCGAAGAUGGGGGGGGAGGAAGGGAGACCCCUUGGCAAGACUCUGUGGGGUGGGGGCGAUGGGGAGGGAGACCCCUUUUCGAGACUGGGGCGGGGGAAGGGAGACCCCUUUGCAAACCUCUGGUGGGGGGGAGAGAGGGAGACCCCCUUGCAAGACCCUGGGCGGGGCGGGAGGGAGGAGACCCCUUUGCGAGACUCUUGGGGGGCCGUUUCCUUUUGUGGGGGGGGCGUCCGGGAAUACCUCCCCCCCGCGGUCCCCUGUGUCGCGAAGGUGCCUGUGGGUGGUGUCCGCUGCGCCCCCUUUUCGGAGUCUGGGGGGGGGAAUCUAAUCCUUUCUCCCUUCUGCGGAGGAGGGGCUGGGGGGGUUUCUACCGCCGGUGGGUCUCUAUGCCGGAUGCCCCCCCCCCCUGGACUCGUUGAGCAGAAGGCUUGGAGGGCCGGAUCCGGGUCUGCCUGGCACCGCGCCCCCUUGCGAUGGGGAACACGGGGAGCCCCUUCAGACGUGCCACGGAUCUCCCGGGCAGUUGGAGACCCGGGAAGCUGUCACCGAUUCGGACCUCUCUAGUCCUGCUCUGGCCGGCAGCAGCUGCUCUCUCCGGAGCUUCCCCCACCCCAGCCCUGGUCCCCCAAAUAAAACCAGAUUCUAGUCCUCAUGAAUCUGGGCAAAGGGUUGAUCUAUGGAGGAAGCUGUUUUCCCCUGGCUGUCUUGGCUGCCCUUGGGGCAUUGAACCCGGCACCUCCUUCUGCAUGCCAAGCAGCUGCUGUAACCGCUGAGCUGCAGUCCAGGGUGUGUCUGGGGCAAAGGGCAGAAGGCCCCGCUGACCCCCUGACCCCCCAAGCUGCUACCUUUCUUGGUGCAGGGAUUUUUCUGCGUUCGUUUCUGCCCAUGAGGUCCACUUCCUUUGUGCAUCAGGGCAGGAGGGAAGAGACCCCUCCAUUCCAGACAAAAAGGGGCGGGGGACAAAAGAAUUGUAAAAUUAGAAGGGAUCUAAAAGGUCCUCCAGUCCACCCCCCUGCAGAGGAUGCGUCUUUUAAAACUGGGCUUGGCCUCAGACUCUCUCCCCCCCCAUUGUUUAUUGCAUUUAUAUCCCAAUCUCUUUCCUCCAAGGAGUUCAGGCUGACAUCAUCAUCAUCAUCAUAAUUCUCUCCUUCCUCAUUUAAUUGCUCCACAACAACCCUGUGAGGUAGGUCAGGCUGAGAGAUGGGGACUGGCCUGAGCUUCAUGGCCAAGUGGGGAUUUGAACCCUGGUCCUGAUCCAACACUCUAACCACUACACCACACCACACUCUGGCUUUUUAAGUACUUGAAUUUUUAAAAAAAUAAAUUUGUGGGAGGGGUGGAUCGCCCAAAUUAAUUGUAGCACAUUUUAAUUGAUAAAAACAUAGCUGCCUUGCAGACCUUGCAGCUCUGCUUUUAGCUCCUUUUUGCCUUUUAUAUUUUAUCAUUUUAUUCUCUUACCCUCUUUUUAUUGCGAGCUGCCUCUUCGCUUUGGGUUGGGGAAAUAGGGUUUAAAUGCAGGGUGUGUGUGUGUGUGUUGUUGUUUUUUUAAGGUGUGUGGCUUUUUUCUAUCACGGAAUCAUAAAAUAGUAGAGCUGGCAGGGAUCCCCAGGGGACAUCCAUCCCACCCCCUGCAAAACAGGAAAUGUUGGAGCCUAUCUCCUGGCCCAGUCCUACUUCCAGCAUGGGAGCAAAGAAAGGCUUUUCUACUCUUCCAAAUACUCUGGGAUGGGAUGUGUGUUAUUCUUUAUUUUUAUCGUUUAUUGAAUUCAUAUACCGCCCUGUACCUGGAGGCAGGGGUCGCUAAUACGGUGCUCGUGGGCGCAGUGCCUCGGCCCAGUAGACCCGAAGGAGCGUCUCCACCCCCAUCGUUCAGCCUGGACACUGAGGUCCAGCUCCGAGGGCCUUCUGGCAGUUCCCUCACUGGAUCUUAAACAAGGGAGGAAGACCUUUCAUCGCCUACAGACGAUGUUUGGACUCGCAGCUGUCCAUGGAGGCGCAGGUCAAUUCUGCGUCCAGGGCAGCUGUUUACCAGCUCCAUCUGGUAUGCAGGAUGAGACCCUACCUGCCCACGGACUGUCUCGACAGAGUGGUGCAUGCUCUAGUUAUCUCCUGCUUGGACUACUGCAAUGCCUCUACGUGGGGCUCCCUUUGAAGGUGACCCAGAAACUACAACUAAUCCAGAAUGCGGCAGCUAGACUGGUGACUGGGAGCAGCCGCCGAGACCACAUAACACUGGUCCUGAAAGACCUGCAUUGGCUCCCAGUACGUUUCCGAGCACAAUUCCAAGUGUUGGUGCUGACCAUUAAAGCCCUAAACAGCCUCAGUCCAGUAGACCUGAAGGAGCGUCUCCACCCCAUCAUUCUGCCCGGACACUGAGAUCCAGCGCCAAGGGCCUUCUGGCAGUUCCCUCAUUGCGAGAAGCAAAGCUACAGGGAACCAGGCAGAGGGCCUUCUCGGUGGUGGCACCCGCCCUGUGAAACACCCUCCCAUCAAAUGUCAAGGAAAAUAAACAACUAGCUGUCAUUUAGAAGACAUCUGAAGGCAGCCCUGUUCAGGGAAGCUUUUAAUGUGUGACAUUUUAAUGUAUUUUUAAUCUUUGUUGGAAGCCGCCCAGAGUGGCUGGGAAACCCAGCCAGAUGGGUGGGGUACAAAUGAUAAAUUAUUAUUAUGCCCCUCCAGUGCCCACAGAUCCUUUGACCCACAACCCCCUUUUAUACCCUGCUUGGUCAAGAAAUAAGGGUCGUUAUUUUUUCUCCCUUGAACAGGAACAUAGGACUAAAGGAGGAAGCUGGAAAAACGGCCCCCUUUUCAGGUCCAUGUUCUUUCCAAGGCACAGGUUCUGCCUGGAUCUCUUGGGAAAGCGAAGCGUUUGUGUUCUCUCUGCGCCUCUUUCUCUGGGUGGGGGAGCUGAUCCCGUGAAGGAAUUGGGGAAGGAUCCAGGGGGGUGGCGCCCGCAGCUGGUGCUCCAAAACCCAGAGGUGCCCACAGCCCACCAAAGUUGGCCGUUCCUGUUGCAAGGAGGCAUAUACCCAGGACCCCGUGAUGUAAGUUGGCCGCUCUGCUGGGCCGGAGCUUAGUAUUAGAAAUUAGCCUGGCACCAGGUUGGCGACCACAGUUUAAAAAACCUCUGCCUUCGAUCAUAGUUAAUACCAUUUCCAUUUCCACUGUGUGUGUCUCCUCCUUGCACGCUGGGACAAGUGAAUCGUUGCAAGAGCAAGCUGCAGUUAGGCAAUGAGAUAGUAGGAUCCUGGAAUCGCAGAAUUUUAGCGUUGGAAAAAGGGUCCCCCCAGGGUCAUCUAGUUCAACCCCCUAGUGAACAGAUGUUCCGUUGUGGUGACUGUGACUUAGAUUUAAGGCUCCAUUUGGUACCUAGCUUAUAUAUCUUGAGUUUCUAACAUGGCUCAGAAAUGAGCUCUGCUGAGUUGCCUUGGCUUUACUCCCAGGUAAAUGUGGGAAGGAUUGCAGCCUUUACCAAAUCAGGCUCAAAUCAUGAUCCGAGAGGUACAUUUUCUCUCGCUCUUGCACGUGGCACUAUUAUUUCAGUUUGUGCGAAUCGGUGAAAUCAACUGCUUUCUUGGUGAUCGCUAUAGAAAUGAAUGUGCAUUGAUGAGUUCCGGUUAAUUGCUUUGGAGUUCAAUGCUGGGGCAGAGUGUCUGGCAUAAAUCAUGUUGGGACAGGGCAAAUGGACUCGACCCUUUUGUGGGUGACGAGGGCCGAAUUUGUGGCGGACGUUGCGGAGAGUUUUCAAAUGUGAAAUGUUCGUUUCCUGCCACACAAAGGGGUAGGUCUGAGUUUUCCGUCCGGCAGACACUGCUGUGGCUCAAUCCUUGAUGCGACUCACUGUCGCGUGGCGCUUUUUCAAUUGAGAACAUUGCAGGUCCCUGCCGGAUCGGGCCAGCGGCCCAAACAUCUGGUCCAGCUCUUGCAGUGGCUGACCAGAUGCCCCUAAGGGAAAUCCGCAAGCAGGAUUCGAACACAGCUCUCCAGCACCUGGCAUUCAGAAACAUAGCUGCCUGCAACCCUGGAGGCAGAGCAGUCCUCUUUUGAAGCCUCCCAAGUUAGUGGCUAUCACUACCUCCUGUGGGAGGGAGUUCCACAGAUCAACAAAAUUUGCCAGGUGCAUUUUGCACUUGCCUAUGGGCCACUUGCGACCAAGUGAAGAUGCCCACCUGUCUGGGUGGAUGCACCUGAUGUUUCCAUGGAUCUGGACUCUUUGCACACACUAACAACACAUCCUACUUUUGAGUGGCAAUUUGAAGGAUGGAAGUUGGUGGGGAUGGGAAGUUAAAUUCCUCAGGGGAGCUCAUUUUCAGUUAACAACAUGCCUAGUUUUAAUAAUAAUAAUAAUAAUAAUAAUUGGCCUCGCAAUGUGUUUUGCUUUCAUGCACCUUCCUUUGUAACGGCUUCGGCCAAAUAAAUAAAAAUAAUGGCGUUCAUAGAAUUGUAAUGUUACUUGGAAGGGACCCCCAGAGUCAUCUAGUCCAACCCGCUGCAAUGCAGGAAUCUCAGCCCAAGCAGCCAUGACAGGGGGCCACCCAAAGCCUCCAAGGAGGGAGAAUUCACAGCCUCCAGAGGGAGACCGUUGGCUAGGUUCCAAUGCAGCUGGUGUCACCCCGGAGCAGGGUCUAAAACAGUGAGCAGCGACUUAAGACGUUCCUGGUUGAAAUACCACGUCCCCCUGAGCACAUCUGGUGGCUGUAAAGGCAAGUCAGUCUCAGGUCUCCACCCCUCCCGCCACGGCCACAAUAUGGCGACAGCCCUGCUGGCCUGCAUUGCAGGGUUGUUGUGGAGGAAUGGGGAGGUGGCCUUUAAAUGCUUUGAGCCCUCUGCAGGUUUCCGUACAGUGGUACCUCCGUUCCGGAGCCCCGUUCGCAUUCUGAAUAGAAUGUAAGACGCGUCUGCGUGGGUCACCGCUUUCGCGCACGCGCGUGAUGUCAUUUUGACCAUCUGCGCAUGCGCGAGAGGCGAAACCUGGAAGUAACACGCUCCGUUACUUCCGGGUCGCUGCGGAGCGCAACCCGAAAAUACUUAUCCUGAGACAUAUUUAUCCCGAGGUAUGACUGUACUGUUAUGUUCACCUGUUUGUAAUACAGUGGACACUCGGGUUGUGAACGUGAUCCGUGUGGGAUGCACGUUCACAACCCGCAGUGGUGCGGGUUGCGAUUCAGCGCUUCUGCGCAUGCGCAAAGUGCGAUUUAGCCCGUUCUUUGGUGACUGGGAGUGGCCGCCAAGACCACAUAACACCGGUCUUGAAAGACCUACAUUGGCUCCCAGGACGUUUCCGAGCACAAUUCAAAGUGUUGCUGCUGACCUUUAAAGCCCUAAAUGGCCUCAGCCCAGUAGACCUGAAGGAGUGUCAUUUUGCUUGCGGACCAAGAGAGGAUUAGGCCUUUUGUUUGCCAGUUUCCUUUCCCCAGCCAGCCUUGAAGCCUCCGGAUUUUCUUUUCAGGAGGGGAGGGUCCUUCCCUAUUAUCCUCCGGGGCUUCUCUUUCAAAGCCCUGCUGUUGUCUGCCCUGAAAGCGGGGAGGGGGCUUGCGCAGAGGGACCCCUGGGACUCCCACAGAGAGCACACAGAGCUCAGGCUGCUCCUUGAUCUUAACCUCCUGCGCAUCGCAAGCCUGCCUUGCUACAAAGAACCGCGCACUCCCUUUCAUGCUGCAAGAGAGAUGUCUUCUCCCUGUUUCUGAGCUGUGGGAAAAGCGCCAAGGGGUGGGGUCAGGGUCGGGUUGCUUUUGAAAGUGGGGAGGGGGGAGACGGAGGCAGGCUAGAUUUCCCCACUGCUGGGGGGGGGGGCUUGGAUUUUCACCUGCAUAGAAAUGGCAUUUGAGGUGCCCAUAUGUGAAAGCCGAUGUGUGUAAAGGAAAGCAUCUUAGCGGAGAUCUAAACAGGAGAAGGGAUAGGGUUAGGCACGCUUGGGAAUACAGUCAUACCUCGGGUUACAGCCGCUUCAGGUUGCGUUUCUUUCGGGUUGCAGAAGUACCGGAAUGGGUUACUUCUAGGUUUCGGCGGUCGCACAUGUGCAGAAGUGCUAUAUCACGCUUUGUGCAUGCGCAGAAGCACUGAAUCGCAACCCGCACGUGAGCAAACGCUGGUUGCGAACACUGUGGGUUGCGAAUGUGCAUCCUGCACGGAUCAUGUUCGCAACCCGAGUGUCCACUGUAUCUGUGUGCAAAUUGUAGGUUGGCAUUCGAUGGUCGCGCCCAUUGUGCAGGGAGAAAACUUUUUGGUGGGUUUGGAGAAAAGGGCAAGCGAGAGGCAACAUGUGAUAGAAGCUUAUAAAACAUGGGUAGGCAACCUAAGGCCCGGGGGCCGGAUUCGGCCCAGUUGCCUUCUCAAUCCGGCCCGCGAACAGUCCAGGAACCAGUGUUUUUUUACAUGAGUAGAAUGUGUGCUUUGAUUUAAAAUGCACCUCUGGGUUAUUUGUGGGGCAUAGCAAUUCGUUCAUUAUUUUUCCAAAAUAUAGUCUAGCCCCCCACAAGGAGGGACAGUGGACCGGCCCCCUGCUGAAAAAGUUUGCUGACCCCCAUAACGUGUGGCAUGCAAUAAGUGGACAGACAGAGAAAAGUUUUUCCUCCCUCUGACCUGACGCUAGCACUUGUGGACAUUCAAUUGACGCUGAAUAUUGGCAUAUUCAGGACAAGCCAAAGAAAGCCCUUCUUUACGCGGCACAUCGUUAAACUGUGGAACUCCCUGCUGCAGGAGCCAGCCAUGGGCGCCAAGCUAGAGGGUUUUUGAAGGAGGCUUAGACAGAUCCACAGAGCAGGGGGCUUUCGAUGGCUACUGUGGCUCUUGCUCUGGCUCCACAGUCAAGAGGCUGCAAUGCUUCUGAAGUCCUGCUGCUGGAAACUAAGGGGUCUUGUGUUCGAAUCCUGCUUGCAGUUUUGCCCCAGGCAUCUGCUUGAUUGCUGCAAGAACAGGAUGCUGGACCAGAGAGGCCAUUGGCCUGAUCCAGCAGAAGCUCUUUUUUAUAAUAAUUCUUACUGCAUUUUCAGUUUUAUCAUAAUCACAAUUUCCAUACAUAAAUCAAUAAACUCAAACCGCUCUAUCCGAGCGUCGACCUCCUCCCGCCCCUCUUUCUGACUUCCAUACGUAUUUUCUUUAUUCUUCGCAUUUCUGUAACCACUUUUUUACCUUCUCUCUUAUUUUUAUAUUUCCCCUUAAUAAAUGUAAAUCAGUUCCUUCUAUUCUCAUUACAAAACAUUUCAACUCAAAGCUGCAAACUUUUCAGAUGUUUACAAUGUUCUUUCAUAUAUAAUGUGAAUUUGCUCCAGUUCUUUUGAAACGCUGAUUCCGGAUCUUACCCGUCAGCUUUGCAAACUCUACGUAUUCCAGAUCCAGAGGGCUCUUAAUAUGUUCUUAUUUUAAGGUUGAAUGUCUCCAAUGGGGGGAAAUGCAAGAGCAAUUCCAAAUUCCCUGUAUUUGAGCAUUCAGCUCAGAAAGAGAGUAGAUCUCUCUCUCUCUCUCUCUCUCUCUCUCUCUCUCUCUCUCAUACACACACACACACACACAGUGUAGCUCUAGAAACUCCCUUUCUCCUCCCGCCAGAACACCUUCCCAGAUCUCCCUUAGUUAUUUACCCAGCCACUCCCAGCAGCAGAUGUGCCGUAUUGGCGAAACUGCCUUUGCAACUGCGAGAGGAAGAAAGAGCAAACCGGGAAAGGACACUUUCCCUAGACGGAGGUUUGCAUGCAGGUGGUGCUUCUGCAAUUUUCAGCAGCUGUGCGAAUGGGUGCAUGGGCUGCCUGGCCAGCUGGCCUGCCGCUGACUCCCUUCUUUGCUUCCUCUCGAACCCGCUUCCUGCUCAAAAACACCUGCGGUAAAACUCUGCCAGGCCAACAGCUCACCAAGUGCCCAGAAGCUGGCUAGGGCUGCUUUGAAAAGUGGUGGUUCUGGGGGAGGCUCCCACAAAGCCGCUGCUUUUUGCAAUUUAGUGAUGGUCAGCCGACUCAGGAUCAACAUGGUGCCCUCCAGGGGCUUCCCAUUCGGCGCUGAUGGGAAUUGUAGUCUGAAGUAUCUAUAGGGCACCAGCUUGACAGCGUCUGCCCUUGCAUUUUGCAGCUUGGGCAAAGGAGGAGGGCAGGUGAACUUCAGCUGGAAUUGUGACCAAAGUUUUGCCUCAAUUGAAGCAAGUUUGGGGGUUCUCUGCAGCGAGGUGGCGCUCAAAGUUUUGCUCCUUUCUGAAUUCUUGGCCCUGGUUCAAGCCGGGUUCUUUGCAUUUCUAAUGGUCCAGCCUCGCUUUAACCAGUGGUUCCCAGAGUGGGUGGUACCACCCCCCUGGGGAGGGCAGUGGGGUUACCAGGGAGGGUGAUAAGAGGCAGGGGGGCAGCAAGGGGCCGCUGGAGGCGCAAAUGGCUUAGCAGACCUAGAAAAACCGUUACCGCUGGAUCAAGUUUGUCGGUUUUGUUGAAUUAAACUAAAUAGCUUGAAUUGGACUUUGAGUAAAUGUGCCAUGAAUUGUUACUGUUCUGAUUUAUAUUGCGUUAUUACUUUCCUUAGGGACACAGGUGGCACUGUGGAUUAAACCACAGCCUCUUGGACUUGCCAAUCAGAAGGUUGACAGUUCGAAUCCCCAUGACGGGGUGAGCUCCCGUUGCUCGGUCCCAGCUCCUGCCCACCUAGCAGUUCGAAAGCACGUCAAAGUGCAAGUAGAUAAAUAGGUACCACUCUGGCGGGAAGGUAAACGGCGUUUCCGUGCCCUGCUCUGGUUCGCCAGAAGCGGCUUAGUUCUGCUGGCCACAUGACCCGGAAGCCGUACGCCGGCUCCCUCGGCCAGUAAAGCAAGAUGAGUGCCGCAACCCCAGAGUCGGCCAUGACUGGACCCAAUGGUCAGGGGUCCCUUUACCUUUUAUUACUUUCCUAAGUGGGUUGUGCAAACCGCUAUUUUGAAUUGUGCUUUUUAUAGGAUCAAGGGGGCUGAUUUUUUGAACUUACGGAAAACUUUUUUCCAGAUUAACAACUGCCUUGCGCCAUUUUUAUGGGGCUGGGGGGAAGUGACUGGCUCAGGUGUUUUCAUGGAUCGAAAUUAUGUAUUUCGCAAAAUUUAUGCACUACUGUAGUUGAUUGUGGGGGGGGAAAGCAGUUUACAGAAAGAUAAAAGGAAGAGAUUUUCAGCAGCGGUUUGAAACAUAAAUGCUAAAUCCACACCAACUUUCUAAGCACCUGGUUUUUAGCAGGCGCCAAGAGAGUACCGUGAAUGUAGGUAUCAAGGGGCAGGGAGUUCCAAAGUGCACAAAAAAACAGCCGAGUUCCUACAAGCUGAGACAGUGCAUGAAAGCUCUGCAAAUCUGCAAGGGUAAAAGGCAGCGUAACCUGGGCUGUGGGUCUGGCCUUCUUGGGAACGGAGGGGGCCGCAUCUGUUGACACGCCAAGAGCCAUUGAAUCGGAGCGUGGAGAGCGGGGCACCGUCGCCAGGGCAACCUCCACGCGCCAGCCACAGCCAAUCCUGGCCAAUUCUCCGUGGCGCGGCGCCAGCCCUCCUUCCCUGCCUUUGGGUAAAGGUCACUUGAGUCAUUCCUAAUGGGGCUGCUUUUGCCUUUGGUUGGGUUAUUGUUGUGUUUGCUUGUUCUUCUUUGCCGUCCUUUGGCUGUGAGGUCCGUGACGUGUGCCAGGAGACGAAGACCUCCUUUGUCCAGGCUCUGGAAGAUGGCAUGGGGUGGGGGUGGGAUCACCGAGGAGGGGUGGCAGGGAAAGCCAGUGGCCCACCCCCCAACCGUUUGCAAGCUUGCAUUCCCGUUCCCUCUUUGCUUCGCGCUUCCCCACCCGCAAAGGAUUGCAAAACCUUGGAAGACCUUUAAUCUCCAUUAUCUGGACGGCUGGUAUUUGAGGCUUUGGCAAACCGCCCUUCUUGGAAAGGGAUCUAUACAGGGCUGGAUUGAGGUUUGAUGAGGCCCUAAGCUCCUGAUGGUAAUGGGGCCCUUUCUAUGUCCAGCUGUCCUUUGUCAACAACAAAUUGUCCCCGUUUUUUGUGUUGCAUAUACAGUGGUACCUCGGGUUAAGUACUUAAUUCGUUCCGGAGGUCCGUUCUUAACCUGAAACUGUUCUUAACCUGAAGCACCACUUUACCUAAUGGGGCCUCCUGCUGCCGCCGUGCCGCUGGAGCACAAUUUCUGUUCUUAUCCUGAAGCAAAGUUCUUAUCCUGAAGUGCUAUUUCUGGGUUAGCAGAGUCUGUAAUCUGAAGGGUAUGUAACCUGAAGAGUAUGUAACCCGAGGUACCACUGUAUGCUAUAUAUAUGUAGGGGCGCGGGUGGCGCUGUGGGUUAAACCACAGAGCCUAGGACUUGCUGAUCAGAAGGGCAGCGGUUCGAAUCCGCUCGAUGGGGUGAGUUCCCAUUGCUCGGUCCCAGCUCCUGCCAACCUAGCAGUUUGAAAGCAUGUCAAAGUGCAAGUAGAUAAAUAGGUACUGCUCCGGUGGGAAGGUAAACGGCGUUUCCAUGCGCUGCUCUGGUUCGCCAGAAGCGGCUUAGUCAUGCUGGCCACAUGACCCGGAAGCUGUACGCCGGCUCCCUAGGCCAGUAAAGCGAGAUGAGCGCCGCAGCCCCAGUACCUUUAUAUGCUAUAUGGUCACUUAUGGAACUAAUAAGUACCUAAAGGUAUCUAAAGCCAUUUGCACAUAACAAAAUAUGUAUUUUAUCAAAGUAACUGUUGAACUGAAAUACAAUUAAGAAGUAUAUACCAGUCCAUGCAGAAUGUAGGCACUCUAUAUAUAGAAAGGAGCAAACAAGAGAUCUUUGGGGGAGCAGGCUAGCAGGUGGGGCCCAUGACUUAUAUCAUAGGAGCCUACACAACACAAAACACUGUUGCUGGAUGUAGGUUUUAUUUUAUUAGAUUUUUUUUUCUUAUAUUUUGGAAAUGUACAUCCAGGUGUUUUUUUUCCUUUAAUUUUUUUGGGGGGGCCCCAAGAGAGUGGGGCCCUAAGCUACAGCUUGUUUAGCUUAUACGUAAAUCCGGCACUGUAUCUAUAUGGCGUGGUUUCUUGUACAAAUAUUGCGGCACAUGGGAGCACAGCUUCCUGCAUGGCGGAGGGUUGGACUAGAUGGUCCCUGGGGAACCCCUUCCAACUCUGCCAUUCUUUGGCAGACCAGUACUGAACCAGAGACUUUUCCGCAAACAGAGCCCACCCUGAACUUCUUUUUUCCAUCCCAUUCUCUUUGCUCCCGAUUGUUCUCAGCCAGCUGAGGAUUUAGCGGCUGGCUCUCUCCCGAAGCCCAAAAAGGGGUCCCUAAACCAGCAUUUCCCAACCUUGGGCCUCCAGAUGUUUUUGGACUACAACUCCCAUAAUCCUCAGCUAGCAAGACCAGUGGUCAGGGAUGAUGGGAAUUGUAGUUCGAAAACAGCUGGAGGCCCAAGCUUGGGAAACACUGCCCUAAACAACUCAAGGAUGUUCCCGACCACUCCUUUUAAAAAAUGCUAUUGAUUUUUCAACAAGCAGAAGAAAAAGAGGCCAGAAAAGGCCAAUCUCUAGGCAGACUGUCCCUGGAUCAAGGGACUGAGUUUCUCAAUAUUCCUUCUUUUAAGUUCUCAAAGCUCUUAACCCGGCUCAAGGUUGUCAUCUGAAAUGUUUACCUGAGAAUCGAUCGCAGUCAGCCCAUCCUUUGAAAAACAAGUCUUGCCCCAAAAUGGCAACUAGAUGUUGCGUUUUGGCAACUGCAACCUAGGUUUAAGGAGCCAUUUGGCCCCUGGCUUGAAUACCUGCGUUUCUAUCCCUGGCCAUAGCUAGUUGGGUUUCGUGGAAGAUAAUAAUAAUAAUGAUGAUGAUGAUGAUUUAUUUAUACCCCUCCCUCCCCAGCCAGAGCCAGGCUCAGGGUGGCUAACACCAGUAAAAUUACAGUAAAAAUAUAAUGGGGGGGGGACAAUUUAAAAUACAGGUUAAAAUGCCAUUUCAAAUGCAGCCUCAUUUUAAAAGUAGCCCAUAGACACUCAAUGUGGCUCUGCCCUUCCUCCACAGCUGGAAACGGCAGGAGGGGAGAGGGGUCUCGGGUUCAAAUGCUGCUUGAGGAUUUCCCACUGAGUCAUCUCUUUGGCCACUGGGAGAACAGGAUGCUGGACUGGAAGGGCUGUGGGCCUGACCCAGCAGGCUCUCCUUGUGGCCUCAGGUUAUGACAGCUUUCCGCAACCUGUUUUGGACCACAGCUGGGAUGGCCAGGAACACCUGGAACGCACCAAGUUGGAGUGCGUGAUUUGGGAGAAGGACGUUUCACGGGCUCCUCCACGACGUCCGGUGGUCCGUUGCUGGAAUGUCAGUGCCUGUUUCUAAACACUCCUCUGUUUUGAAGAACUGGAGCUUAAAAUUAACAGGCAUUUCCUGCGGGAACAUUUUUUCCCCUUUUGGUGAAUAUCCAGACCGGAGGAGAGCCGAGAGCCUUGAGCCGCACAUUCCCUUCAGCCAGUGAAGCCACAAAUCCAUGACUCUUGUUCCCAGAAAGCGCCCCCCCCCCCGUCCCUGUAUUCCCUGCAUUUCAUCUCCCACAAGGUUGAUCCUUUUCUGGGCCGGCCGAUAACAUUUUUAACAAGUCCAUCCAGAUGUGGUGAGGUUCCUUGCCUUUCACCUCAUUUUUAGCUACUCUUGAUUUUAAUUAUCUUUGGAGUGUUUUUACACCCCUCUUUUUGUCAUGAUGAGUAUUUAAAUAUUUUGCUUUACGUUUCUGUCAAUGGCUGGGAGGUUUUCUCGCAUUCAAGCCUGUGUUUCAGGGGGUUGGGCUGGAUGACCCUCGGGGUCCCUUCCGACUGUUCUUCUUCCGUCACGCCAAAGGGGACAAGGAGCCACUUGCAGCCCUCUCCCCUCCACAGCCUUUGACUGGCCAAGCCCAGUUCCCAAAUAUGCCGGCUCUGGGAAGUGGCUGGGAAGCGCUGUGUUGGGAAACACAUUUGGCCGACCCGACUUUCUAGACAGCUUCCAAGGGUGCACCUGCAAAUGAAAUCAACACACAUCUGAUACCCUAGUUUCCAAGUUGCAAAGGUGGCUUGAAUAAUGGACGAAGGAAUAAAGAGCAAGUUUUGCUGAAUCUGCAGUAUAGAAAGAUGGUUUCCAUAUCGCUGUUAAAACUUAAGACCCAGACGACUGGCAGGUCAAGAUGGUGGAGUACGUAGAGAUGGAUGGCCAAGUUGACGGGGAAGAUCCGGAAUCAGCGUGACGAACUGUUUCCAAAGGACUGGAACAAAUUUAUACUUUAUAUGAAAGAAAAUUGUAAACAUCUGAAAACGUUUGUAGGUUUGAACUGAAAUGUUUUGUAAUGUAAAUAUAAGGAACUGAUUUACCUAUAACAAGGUGAAAUAUUACAAUAAGAUAAAAGGGAGGGAAGGAGGUCGAUGCUCUUAUAGAGUAAUGUAUUAAGUUAUAAAAUUAUGUAACAAAACAUGAUUAUGAUAAAAGUGGGAAAUUAAAUAAAAAUUAUUUAUAAAAAAUAUAAAAAUAAAAUAAAACUUAAGACCCAGACAAGUGAAAGGCAACAUGAUAGAAGUAGACAGAGAAAAGAUUUCCUCGUGCUGUCCUGACAUCAUAACUUGUAGGCAUCUUAUGAAUCUGAAUGUUGGGACAUAUUUUCCAAAAAUUCUUCACGCUGCGCAGUUAACCUAUGGAACUCCCUCCCACAGGAGGCAGGGAUGGCCACCAACUUGGGUGGCUUGAAAAGAGGAUGAGACAGACCUGUGAAGAAAUCAGAAGCUUCUGGAACAUAGUAUAUGACGAGCUUAAAAAAAUGUCUAAGUAUAACUUUAUGGAAAAUACAGAAGCUUUUCUACUAGGGAUAACGGACACAGGUAUAGCAAAAGAAGAUCAGAAGAUAUUCCUCUAUGCCACAGGAGCGGCAAGGAUCCUAAUUGCUAAAAACUGGAAAAAAGAAACUGUGCCAACAAAAAAGGAAUGGCAAGACAAACUGUUAGAGUCUAUUGAACUGGCUAGAUUAACAGGCAAUGAGAGCUCACACUAGACAAGAGUUUUGAAAAGCAUGGGGAAAAUGCAGAGAAUACUUCACAAAACAGCGCCCUAAAAUACAUACCUGGACUUGUUUCGAUUAAUGUCUGCAGGAGACUUUGUGGAUAUUUAAGUCAUAAUCAGAAAAAUCUUAAUUAUUCAUAAAGGAAACAGCUUAUAAGAAGUAAAUAAGGAGGCCAGGUACAGGAUAAAGGAAGUCUUUUAUUUGGUUGUUUGUAUUGCUGUAUGUUAUGCUGUGUGUUAAACCACAGAGCCUAGGACUUGCCGAUCAGAAGGUCGGUGGUUUGAAUCCCUGCAACGGGGUGAGCUCCUGUCGCUCAGUCCCUGCUCCUGCCAACCUAGCAGUUCGAAAGCAUGUCAAAGUGCAAGUAGAUAAAUAGGUGCCGCUCCAGCGGGAAGGUAAAAGGCGUUUCCAUGCGCUACUCUGGUUCGCCAGAAGCAGCUUAGUCCUGCUGGCCACAUGACCCGGAAGCUGUACGCCGGCUCCCUAGGCCAGUAAAGUGAGAUGGGCGCCGCAACCCCAGAGUCGGCCACAACUGGACCUAAUGGUCAGAGGUCCCUUUACCUUUAUGUUAUGCUCAUUGUAUGUUAUGUUCACGUUUAGUGAGGGUGGAUUUCUGUUUGGAGGGUGGGGGGUUUAUGUUAUGUUGUAAAUAAAAUUUCCAAUGAAAGAAAGGAAAGGAAAGAGGAUGAGACAAAUUUGUGGGGAAGGAGAGGGCUACCGAUGGCUACCAGGAAGGAUGACUUUGCCCUGCCCUCCAAAAGCUGGUGGCAGCGAUGAUUCUGAAUCCCAGUUCCUGGGAACUGCAGGACAGGAUUGUGUUGGUCUUGUGCUUGAAUCCUGAUUGCUGGUUUCCCACGGGCGUCUGGUUGUGAGAACAGGAUGCUGGCCUCGAUGGGUCCCUCCACCCCCUUCUCCCAAAGCAACAAACAGUCCCUGGUGCCUCCUUGCACAUCCUUCUGUGCCGCUUCUCCCCAGGGAGGGGGAGCGUCCAAGUCUGCAGCCAAGGAAGGGGCGUGUGCGGGGAAGAGGAGAACAAAAGGCCUGGCAGGGCAGGAGAGAAGGCGAAGGGCAGGGGGAGAAACAAGAAGCUGAAGCACGCUCUCUCCUUCCUUCCUCUUGCCUGUGUGUCACCCCACAGGCCCUUUUCUACUUAAGGAUGAAAGGGGAAGCAUUUACUUCCGGGUUCCGAAACGUUCGUCAGUGGAGACGUUCGAGAACCGAGGUACCACUGUGCCAAUAUUUUUAUUGUCAGCACCAAAGGAAGCACAUAUUAAUGAUUUCUGCUAAAAAUGUGUCACAUGUGAAUUGCAGAUUAAAUCACGCUUAUCAAAAUAAUAAAUAAAAGGUUUGCUGACACCCCCCCCCCAGUGGCGACUAGACAUUCUGUUUUGGCACUCACAACUGUAAGUUCCACAGUUUAACUACGUGCUACGUGAAUCUUCCAACGUCCGGUUUCAUUUGACGUCAACCUGUUCUAGGGUUAGGAGACAGAUUGAAAAACUUCACUUUCUCCACUUUCUCCAGGCUAUCUGGAGAAUCCCCCCUGAUCCUGUUCUGGUGCUUUAAUUUUUAAGGGACAAUUGCAGACAUCCUGGGACGUAAGCCCCAAAGCACACACAUCUACAGCCACUGACUGGAAGCUGCCCGUCUGGUCACCAGAUCCAGAAUCGCAAAAACGUGGGCGACUUCCUUUUGGUGUGCCAUCGUUGGCGUGGUGUUUCGUUCAAGCUGUUCCUUCCCUUGGCCUCUUGUGUUUGUUUUCAUUUUAUUUUCAAAAUACAGGAGAGAGAGAAAAAAAACUACCCAGUGGAACACUUCUCUUUGAAGCUGAUCUCCUGCUGUGCCUUUUCUUUCAGUUUUGAUAAUAAUUUAUUAAUUUUCCAAAAAGGUAACAUAAAAAAUAAGCAUAAAAACAACACUAUAUAAUGAAGAAAGGGGGGGAACCAUCAUAAUCAAAAAUUUUAAACCAUAAAUUUUGCUUCCCUCCCCUCCUCUUGGUUUCAUUGUUUAAUACUUGUUCACGCACGUCCUUAUAACCUUAUAAUCUUAAUACAGUGGUACCUCUGGUUGUGAACAGGAUCCGUUCCGGAGCCCCGUUCGCAACAUGAGCAGAACACAAUCUGCAUGGGUCACGAUUCGCUGCUUCUGCACAUGCGCGUGACAUCAUUUUGAGCGUCUGCGCAUGCGCAAGCGGCAAAACCCGGAAGUAACCCGUUCCGUUACUUCUGGGUCGCCAUGGGAUGUAUCCUGAAAGAACGUAACCUGAACUGAACGUAACAAGAGGUAUGACUGUAAUCCAAUUUUUCAAGCCUUGUUUAUCUUAAUACAAGUGAGUUUUGACCUGGUGUGCCUUUUCAAAACUGCCCAUGGAAAGAAGGCAGCCUACAAAAUCUGAGGGGGACAUUUAGAAUCGCAGAAUUGCAGAUUUGGAAGGGACCCUGGGGGUCAUCUAGUCCAACCCCCCUGCAAUGAAGGAAUCACAGCUAAAUAAUCCCUGACAUUUGGCCAGCCAACCUCUGUUUAAAACCCUCCAAGGAAGGAAGAGUCCACCACUGUCUGAGGGUCUUUGUACCACUGCUGGACAGCUCUUGCCCUCAGAAAGUCCUUCCUGGUGUUUAGUCAGAAUCUCCUUUCUUUUUCUUCUUUUUUUGGAUUUUAUAAACUUUAUUGGAAUUCAGCAAUAUCAACAACAACAAAACCCACAGUAGUUGCUACAUCAAAUCAUGACAAUUAACCAAUUUAAACAUUUUAUAAAUACUACUAAGGAAAUUACAUAGCAUCACUUUUAACUUACUGAGGUUUUCAUAAUACGCUUUUAUCUCUUUAUCUUUUCCAUAACGUAUCAGAAAGAGAAGGACCAAGGAAGGAAGCACAAAAAGAGAGAAAAAGAAGAGGGGGGGUGAAGGGAAGGGGGGAAAGGAGGAAGGGAAGAAACCAAAGGGAAAAAACCCGAAAGCAAAAUAAACAUACCGUAUUUUUCGCCCCAUAGGACGCACCUAGUUUUUUUUGGGGGGGGGGGAAAUAAAGAAAAAAAAAAAUUUCCCCCCAGGCCGGGGCUGGCGCGGGGGAAACCCGAGCUUCCCCCAAUCCCAGCCCCGAGAACAGCCUGCUAUCCGCAAGCCUAGGGAGGCCAGCGGUAAGUCGCGCCGGUCUCCCCAGGCUUCGGAAAGCAGGCAGCUCUGCGCAGCCGUCGGGAGGCGGGUGCGAAGUGGCACCGUUCUCCCGAGGGUUGCGCAGAGCUUCCUGAAGCCUGGAGAGCGAGAGGGGGCGGUGCGCACUGACCCCUCUCGCUCUCCAGGCUUCAGCGAAAGCCUGCAUUCGCCCCAUAGGACGCACACACAUUUCCCCUUCAUUUUUGGAGAGGAAAAAGUGCGUCCUAUAGGGCUAAAAAUACGGUAAUUGACUUCCGAUUAGACUCAUUGUAUUAUUAUUUCUACAGUUUUUUCACACACAGUUCCAAAUUAUUGUAUUUCUUUCUUUGUUUUCAUCAUAUGUCCAGAAAAACAUUAUGUUUGUUGUUUUACAAGGAUCAUUCUAUUUCUAUCGUAGGAGAUGUUUGUUAUUGUAAUACUUUUCCAAAUAUUCUUUAAAGAUUUUCCUUUCUUUCUGUACUUUCUGUUUUGGAUACCCUCUAAUUCUCCCUGUCAUCGUAGGCAUCUGUAGAUAUUGGACCUGCCACUCAUUUAUCGUAGGUGUUUUGUCACUUUUCCAGUUUUUUGCAAUUAAGAUCCUGGCUGCUACUAUUGUAUACAUAAAAAGUGGUCUAUAUUCUUUUUUGAUUUCUAGUGACAUUAUUCCCAGGAGAAAGGUUUCGGGGUUUUUUCUUAAAUGAAAACUUAAAUAGUUUUUUUAAUUCAUUGUAGAUGUUAUUCCAAAAUUCUUUAAUGGCUGUGCAUUCCCACCACAUGUGCAUUUAUGGCCCUAUGCCAUCCUUACACCUCCAGCAUAGAAUCUCCUUUCUUAUAACUUAUAGAUCAUAGAAUCGUAGAUUUGGAAGGGACCCUGGGGUCAUCUAGUCCAACCCCCUGCAAUCCCAAUCAACCAACUUGAACCCAUUGCUUCAGGUCCUACCCUCCAGACAAGCUUGCUCCCUCUUCCAUGGGGCAGCCCUUGAGAUAUUUGAAGAUGGGUCUCUCAUCUCCUCUCAGCCUCCUCUUUUCCAGGCUAAAUGUACCCAGCUCCUUCGACCAUUCCUCAUCAGGCCUCCUCUGCACACCUCCCAGCUUGCCGGUACCCUUCUUAAACUGUGGCACUUUUGGGUGGUUGUUCCGUUUUAAAGAGAUGAGCCUUUCUCCAAAUGUGUGCCAAGGGCAAAUCGGUGCUCCUUUUGCUUAGAUUUAAGCCACUAAAAAAAAAAUCACCUUUUGCCCCUGGUUCCUCAAAAUGGCUCUGCAUGUUCCGCUUUGCGACUUCCUUGCGGUGUUUGUGGGAAGUGGAGAUUUGUGCAUUGCAAGGGAACGCUGCCUGCUCCCUCUUUCUGCAGUUCCUACUUCCUUGUGUCUUCUUUUUUUAUUUUUAUAAAUUUUUAUUAGGUUUUACAAUUGGAUAUUCGACACAUUUGACACAUAAAAAUAAAAAAGGGAAUUCCCCCCCCCAGUGACUUCCCUCAACUUCCCCUUCUUGUUCUUUAAAUAUAUGCUACUUCUGCUUAAUUUUAUCUUACUUUCUAUGAUUUUUUUUUGCUAAACACUCUUAUAUUCUUAUCAUUUUGAUACCAAAUUUCCAUUCAAAUGACAUCUUGCACUUAAUUAAUUUCCAUAUUGUUGUUUCUUAACCGUCCACUUAUUUUCUUAAUUGUCAGCGUUUACUCAAACCCUACUAGUAAGUCCAAUUCUUUAUACUGUUUCUGUAGAGACCGCACAAAUGCUUCCCAGUCUUUAUUUUAAAGUCUCUAUUGUCAUUGUCUCUAAGUCUUCCUGUACGUUCCGCAAUUUCUGCGUAUUCCAUAAGUUUAACUUGCCAUUCUUCCUUCGUUGGUAUCUUACCGUCCUUCCAUUUUUGGGCUAGUAAUAUCCUAGUGGCUGUUGUGGCAUACAUAAAUGACUUCAUCCACUCUUUUGGCAAUUCCUGCGCUACAAUACCUAUCAAGAAAGCUUCUGGCAUUUUAACAAAAGUUAUCUUAAAGUUCUUCUUCAGUUCAUUAUAAAUCAUUUCCCAAUAGUUUUUGAUUACUUUACAGCUCCACCAAAUAUGAUAAAACGUACCUUCUAACUCUUUACAUUUCCAGCACUUUUAAGAGUUUGUUCUGUACAUUUUUGUAAGUUUUAACAGGAGUCAUGUCCCAUCGACUUCCUUGUGUCUUGGGAAGAAGUUCUGGGCUCUGGGAUGAUAACUGAGGCUUCGGUCAGAAGCGUUGACCUCCUCCCUCACUUUCUCCGUUCUCUCUUUUCUUUCAGUGUGCCGAGAUUUUGCCGUCCUCGAGGAUCACACUCUGGCCCACAGCCUGCAAGAACAAGAAAGUACGUCUCGCCUGGCAGGUGGAACUGGGUUCUGCGAUGUGCAUUUAACCGUUAUCGUUCUGAAUGUCCUUGCGUUUUGGUCCCACGCAGACCGCUUUUCUGAAUAAUGUUUUUAUAGGGUGCGGAACCAAAAGGGGGUGGAAACCCCCAUUAUUUCCUCCACCCUGCGGAAGGGGCCAGCGAGAGAGUGGGGUCCCCCUUGGGGCGCAGCCAAGAGGGUGUUUUGGUCCUCCCAGACCCGCAGCCGAAUUAAACAUGCCUGUUCUUGUGUCCUCUUGCAGUUGAGCAUCAUUUGGCGACCAAUGUGCAACGCAACCGCCUAGUACAGUAUGACUUGCAGAUGGCCAAGCAGCUUCAGGAAGAGGAGGACCGCAAGGCACGGGCCCGGAUCCAGGAGCGGCACAAAGACCUGUGAGUGUGCGGGAUGCGGGGGCCCUUUUGCCUCUGGGCUGCCCCCUCCCUGGUUUAGCUGGGCAGAACCAAGCGGAGCCCGUUGCUCCCUGAAGACUCUGGCGCAGUUCGGCUUUCCCAACCUGGUGCCCCCCAGAUGUUCCGGACUGCAACUCCCAUCUGUGCCUUCUUAGUUUAGAGAAAAGGGGUGACAUGAUAGAAGUUUAUAAAAACCAUUUAUGUCAUGGAUAAAGUGGAGAUUUAACACUAGAACUUGUGGACAUAGAAUUGUGGUGUUUGCAGAGAUGCCAAGGGCCAACCAAAUCAAGGUUCCCCAAACUUUGGUCUCCAGAUGUUUUUGGACUACAUCUCCUCCACCAGGGCCAGGGCCUUCUCAGUGAUGGCUCCGACCUGGUGGAACGCUCUGUCCCAUGAGACCAGUGCCCUGCAGCAUUUAACCUCCUUUCGCCCAGCCUGUAAGACAGAGCUAUUCCACCUGGCUUUCAAUUUGAACUUAGCCUGAUCUUUUAUUCCCCUUUCUUCCCUCCCUCUCUCCUUUUAUGAAGAUUCCCUACUCUAGGAUCCCACAGCUAAUUCUCCCCUGGUCUCCUCGCUGGCCCAAAUAGGACUAAUUUAGCCAGCUAGCCCUGGGGAUCAUCUAAUGUUUAUUGGAUGGAUUUCCCCCUAAAUUGAUUUUUGAAUUCUGAAUUUAUUGUUAUUCACGUUUUAUACUGUAUUUUAUGCUGUUUUUUGUUGCAUCGAAUUAAGUGUUUUAAAUUUGUUGUUAGCCGCCCUGAGCCUGGUUUUCUGAACCGGGAAGGGCAGGGUAUAAAUUAUUAUUAUUAUUACUAUUAUCAUUCAUUGCUUCUAAGUAGGGAUGAUGGGAUUUGUAGUCCAAAACCAGCCGGAGACCCGGGUUUGGGGCGCCCUGGUCUAGUCCAGCCCCCUGCAACGUAGAAAUCUCAUCUGAAUCUCUUCUGGUGAAAGUUAACGUUUGACAUUUCAGGACAGGGAAAUGGAAGUCCUUCUUCACGCAGCACAUAGUCUAAACUUUGGGACUCCCUGCCACAGGAGUCAGGGAUGGCCACCAACUUGGAUGGCUUUAAAAGAGGAUUGGACAAAUUCUGGGAGGAGAAGGGGGCUUCUGAUGGCUGCUAGCCAGGAUGGCUGCUCUUUCUGCAGUUGGAGCCAGCGACGCUUCUGAAAAAGAUUCACAUAAAGCGAAACGGCAGCUGUAUCUCAGCCUUCCCCAACUUGGUGCUCUUCAGGCAUUGCAUGGGGCAGGGGGGCCCAUGGGCACAACAGAAGAGGAGUGUACUGGAUCUGACCAACGGCCCAUCUAGUCCAGCACCCUGUUCUCUUUUUUUAUAAUAUUUUUUUAUUCAUUUUAACAUACAAAUUAUAAAAUGUACCACAAAACUCAUCACUUAUACAGUGGUGCCUCGCAAGACGAAAAGAAUCCGUUCCGCGAGUCUCUUUGUCUUGCGGUUUUUUCGUCUUGCGAAGCAAGCCGUUUAGUGGAUUAGCGCUAUUAGCGGCUUAGCGGGCUUAGCAGAUCAGCUGAUAAGCGGCUUAGUGGCUUAACGGAUCAGCUGUUAAGCGGCUUAGUGGCUUAGCGGAUCAGCUGAUAAGCGGCUUAGCGGCUUGGGAAAAAGGGGGGGGGAAGGAAAAAAACCCCGCAGGAACUCGCAAGACAUUUUCGUCUUGCGAAGCAAGCCCAUAGGAAAUUCGUUUUGCGAAGCACCUCCAAAAUGGAAAACCCUUUCGUCUAGCGGGUUUUCCGUCUUGCGAGGCAUUCGUCUUGCGGGGCACCACUGUACAAUCUUUUUGGACUUCCAUUUGCCCUUCUGAUGAUCCACCGUUUUAACCACUUCUUAUGCAUUUCUUAACUUUAUGUUGCCUUUACAUCUCUUAACAAAUCCUCCUCCCCCUUGUCCAUUUUUACAAUACUUCUAAUAAUACUCCUCACAAAACGUCUUGCAACCCUACAAACGUCGUCUGUUCUUCACAAUUACUUUUCAAAUAGUCCGUAAAUUUACUCCAGUCUUCCGUGAAUUUUUGGUCUUGCCGGUUUCGAAUCCUUCCUGUUAGUUUAUCUCCAGCACCCGGUUCUCACAGCUGCCAACCAGAUGUUUGUGGGAGACCAGCGUGCAGGAUUCGAACACAGGAGCAAUACUCUCGCCUCCUGGGGAUUCCCGCAACUGGAAUUCAGAAGCAUCGCUGCCUCCAGCUGCACUCCAUAGUUUAACUAUACGCCAAAACAGUGAAUCUCGACCUUUUUGCGACUUUGGCCCCCUUCCGACCUUGUUUCCUUCCUGUGCCACACACACAAAACCCGGUAGAAAGGUAGCUAUUUUGCCUGUAGAUAGAAGACGUUUUAUUUACAGUCAAAUCUCGGUGGUAGAAUGUAAUCCGUUCCGGAAGCCCGUUCGGCUUCCCAAACGUUCAACAGCAGAGCCGCGGCUUCCGAUUGGUUGCAAAAGCUUCUUGUACUCAAGCAGAAACUGUGCUGGAUGUUCGGGUACUGAAAAACGUUAGAAAACCAGGGCAUUUACUUCCAGCUUUUUGGCAUUCGGUAGCCGAAACAUUCCAAAACGGAGCCGUCCGAGAACUGAGGUUUGACUGUAUCAUUUUUAUAUAAAUUCUAUUAUUUCACCUGUGCCCCCUUUAGAAUAUCCCGGGGGGCCCAGGAGGCCAUAUGGCCCCUGGUUGAGAAACACUGCAUUAAGGGUUCAAAAGUUGCACCGGAAGAAAAAGUUGCAUGAGUUGUUUUUUCCGUUUCUGUUUUGAGAGUGUUUCCCGUCUUGGUCGCUCAUCUCUCAAUGAGAAGCCGGGGUCCUGGGCUGCAUUUUCUCUCUGCCUUCUACCCCCCCCCCAUUCUCUUUUUCUCUUUUCCCAUGGACUCCCACCUCUCACCUUUUCCCCUCGGCCACCCCCUCCCCUUUGUCUCUUCCCAGGGAGAGGCAGGACUGUGAGAUAGCUCAGGAAAUUCAAGUCAAGCUGGUCAUUGAGGCAGAACAGCGGCGUCGCCAAGAAGAGGACGAUGAGGUCAGUCCUUUGGUGUCGUGGGCAGGGAGGAAAGUGACUGAUCUCGGGCCAAAUCUCACGUCUUUAAAGGGAAGCGGAGAGGGGGAGAGAACCAUCGCCAGAACACAGAAGUUGAUUUUUGACUUGCAGCCGUGCAUGUCGAAAACAAGGCUGCCAGGAACUUGUCCCCAGUAACGAAUAUUUCUAGGUGCAGGGAUAAUAAUAAUAUAAUAAUUUAUUAUUUGUACCCCGCCCAUCUGGCUGGGUUUCCCCAGCCACUCUGGGCGGCUUCCACAGAACAAAAAAUACACUAAAAUAUCACACAUUAAAAACUUCCCUGAACAGGGCUGCCAAGGAGAGUUAGGGGUCCGUUAAGCUGCGUUUGCUACUGCGGAGGCAACAGCAGGAAGCAGCAAAUCAAAAGCAAAUUUCAUUUCAUUGCAGAGGGGAUCAAAAGGGUCAUCAAGUCCAACGCUCCCUCUCAAGGUUUCAGGUCUCCUGGGAAGCCCGAUCAACAACUCCUUGUCUCUUGUUACGUUGCGUUCGCGUUUUUUUAUAGAAUGCCUUUCAGCUAAAAAAAAUCCCCCAAGAAUAAACAGAUGCAAUAAUGGAAAUGCAAACAAUAGAAAUUCGAAGUAUGUCAAUGGUAACGUGUGUAGGAACCUAAUAGCAUCUAGCUUAUUUUUAGCUGCAGUUUUGUCAGUAUUGUUUAAGGUAAAGUAAAGGGACCCCUGACAGUUAAGUCUGCGGUUGCGGCGCUCAUCUUGCUGUACUGGCCAAGGGAGCUGGCGUUUGUCCGCUUCCGCAGACAGUUUUUCUGGGUCAUGUGGCCAGCAGGACUAAGCCGCUUCUGGCAAACCAGAGCAGCGCACGGAAACGCCAUUUAGCUUCCCGCCGGAGUGGUACCUAUUUAUCUGCUUGCACUUUGACGUGCUUUUGAACUGCUAGGUUGGCAGGAGCAGGGACCGAGCAAUGGGAGCUCACCCUGACACGGGGAUUCGAACCGCCAACCUUCUGAUUGGCAAGUCCAAGAGCCUCAGUGGUUUACACCACAGCGCCAUCCGCCUCCCUGUUUUAUCACUUAUAAAGGCCUUAUUGAUUUGUUAAUCAUAUGAUAAGUCCCACGCUGCAGUUGUGGUGUUUAGCUUAUUGUUUUAGUUGUCAGUUUGUUAAUAGUGGUUUAAAGAUUGCAGUUGUUUUGCUGGUGAUUUUUAAAAAAUAUAUAUAAUAUGAUUUAUGCUGCACUCGCCACGUGCUGCUGUGUUACUGUUAUCUGUAGUGUAUAAUCUGUUUUGGGGUUUGUUUGAAUGAAAAGCGGCGUUAGAAAUACAAUCCAUCCGUCCCUUGAAAGCCAAACACACCCAUGCUCCUGUCCAAAAAGGCAAAAUAAUAACAAUAAUAAUAAUUAAUAAUAAUAACGCCCCACCCAUCUGGGUGGCUCCGAACAGAAUAUUAAAAACACGAUAAAAGACCAAACAUUAAAAACUUCCCUAAACAGGGUUGCCUUCAGAUGUCAGGGGGUUGUUUAUCUCUUUGACAUCUGAUGGGAGGGUGUUCCACAGGGCGGGUGCCACUACCGAGAAGGCCCUCUGCCUGGUUCCCUGUAACUUGGCUUCUCACAAUGAGGGAAACGCCAGAAGGCCCUCAGAGCUGGACCUCAGUGUCUGGGCUGAACGAUGGGGGUGGAGACGCUCCUUUAGGUAUACUGGGCUGAGGCCGUUUAGGGCUUUAAAGGUCAUCACCAGCACUUUGAAUUGUGCUCGGAAACGUACUGGGAGCCAAUGUAGGUCUUUCAAGACCGGUGUUAUGUGGUCUUGGCGGCCGCUCCCAGUCACCAAAGAACUGGCAAGAACGUUCUUUGCGAAAAUGCCAGGGUUUGACCGUCUUCCUUCCUUUAGGACAUUGCUCGGAUCCUGCAGCAGAAGGAGCUUCAAGAGGAGAAGCGUCGGAAGAAGCCCCACCCAGAGCCCUUGCAGAAGAGCACUUACGAUGAGGGGUACUACCCGGAAAGCAGAGGUAAGCGGGACCUCCUCUAGAACCAGGAAGUUUUGUGGUCCUUACCGCAGAUCCAGAAGGCUGUGCAUUGCAUCUUCGCCUUCUGGCCUUCCAGCCCGGGAGGUUUUGUGUCUGCUUGUGGGUCGCAGCAGACGCCAGAGCUGCCUCCGCCAGGUCUGAACUGAUGCCGCCCUGUGCCUCAUCCUGGCAAGGUGUGUUCUCCCGCUUUUAUUCUGGGAAAGCGCUGGAGGUUUCUGGCAUGAUGAAAAAUCAAUUAUUUUUGGAGGAGGACGGAUGCAAUGAGAGCCGGACGGAUCCUGAAUCGGGGACGCUUGCGGGACCGCCUUUCUGAUCACCGCCAAAUGUGUCGUCUCUGGAAAGAUGAUUGCUUCAGACAAGAAAUUGCAGAGGCUUCUCUUCUCUGAAAUGCUUUUGUGAUCAAACGCGCCCUGAUCCUGAGGGUUUCCGUGGGCACCAAAUUGCUGAUUUGCUUUCUGGUUGCUGGUGGCAGGUGCCUCUGCCUUGCCCUCGUUCGCACAUCUGCACAAACCUCUUUUCCUUCAGCUUGCGUGUGUCGGGAAAGCAGAAGGUUCUUGUAGAGGUCUCUUCCUGCUUGCUGCUGCUCAGAAACCUAAGAGGAAAGUGCUGGAUCAGGCCAGAGGGAGCUCCUCUAGUCUAGCAUCCUGUUCUCACUGUGGCUACUCAGAUACAACAAUGCCAUGCCAGUACAAGAGUGAUCUCUCCUCCUCCAUGAAAUUCUCUCAUCCUCUUUUAAAGCCAUCAAGGAUGGUGGCCAUCACUGCAAGAGAGAAUCCUAGAAUUGCAGAGUUGGGUGUAGGGCCGGGCGAUAUCUGGUUUUCAACAUCGCAAUAUAUUGAUACGUCACAACGACUGAAGGAUGGAGCUAUGCACAGGCAUCGUCAGGCUUCGCGGUUUUCCCUGCAUCGUGAAUUUUGCCGACACCUGCUCUUGCAGUUUGCUGCCCUCUUCACGAGACAGGGGAGAGUUGAGGUGGCAGAGGUAAUGGGCUGCAGGAAUCGAGAGAAGCCUUAGCAGGCUUCACGGUUUUCCCCACAAUGUGAUUUUUGCAUUGCACAAAAUUAGGAAACUGACCUCACAAUACAGUGGUACCUUGGUUCUCAAACUUGAUCCGUUCCGGAAGUCCGUUCCAAAACCAAAGCGUUCCAAAACCAAGGCGCUCUUUCCCAUAGAAAGUAAUGCAAAAUGGAUUCCUCCGUUCCAGACUUUUAAAAACAACCCCUAAAACAGCAAUUUAACAUUUAUUUUACUAUCUAACAAGACCACUUGAAAGCAAUAAGCAAUGUACUGCAGUCACACAGUCAGUCACUCGGUAGCUGAACUGGGUUCCACACAGUCACAAAAACAAAACAAAAAAGCCACAAAAAACCCACAAAAUAAAUAGCAAAAACAGACAGACCUCGGUGUAACACUCAAAAUGGAAGUGUGGCGCUCAAACUGGAACACUGACUUCCGGGUUUGCAGUGUUUGGGUUCCAAGUUGUUUGAGUACCAAGGCGUUUGAGAACCAAGGUACCACUGUAUGGGCUUCAAACCAGUUUUGGAUGAUAUAUCAAUAUAUCGCCCAGCCCUGUUGGGUGGGAUCCCAUAGGUCAUCUAGUCCAGCAUUUCCCAACCUUGGGCCUCCAGCUGUUUUUGGACUACAACUCCCAUAAUCCUCAGCUAGCAAGACCAGUGGUCAGGGAUGAUGGGAAUUGUAGUUUGAAAACAGCUGGAGGCCCAAGGUUGGGAAACACUGAUCUAGUCCAACCCCUUGCAAAGCAGGGAGUUCCAUAGUUCGUGGCGGGUUUUCCCACCCAAGUGGAGGAAGAAGGGCACCCCCCCCCCAUUUCCCUCUAGAUCUGUGCUUCUUCUUAACAAGGCAGCCUCAACCUGCCAAAUAUUCCUCCGGCGCAAGCAUCUUUUGCAUGCGAACUAAUAAUGCUUCCUUAGACUAGAAUGGACUCAAAAUGUCACAUUAGCCUGCUAACCCAAGACGGCCACCUUUGGUUGCGUCGCCAUCAUCACCCACCUGUCCUGCCACCGGGGAUGGAGAUCCCUUUAGAAGGAGUCGCUGGAGCCUGAGCCUGUGGGCAGCGCUUGAACGAUGGCCCCUCUCCCCGGUGAAGGGUGCCUGGGGUGCCUUCUGAGCUGCCAUGGAGGUCCAGCCGUGAGCCAGAAAGGGCAGCGGGGAGCCUGGUUUUCAGAUGUCUUCUAAAUGUCAGGUAGUUGUUUAUCUCUUUAUCUGGUAGGAAGGCGUUCCACAGGGCGGGUGCCACGACCGAGAAGGCCCUCUGUCUGGUUCUCUGCAACCUCACUUCUGGCAGAGAGGGAACCACCAGAAGGCCCUCGGCGCUGGGCCUCAGUGUCUGGGCUGAACGAUGGAGGUGGAGACGCUCCUUCAGGUCUACUGAAAUCCAGAGCCCCAACUCACGGGGAGAGACCGCAGCUCAGGGUUAGAGCACCUGUGUCUCUACCUGAAAGCAAAUGGAACCAUACAAUGGCAAAGUUGGAAGAGUCCCCCCAAAGAUCAUCUAGCCCAACUUGCCCCCGCAAAGCAAGAGGCAGUGGGUCCGUGGAAGACCCCCCUCUCUGCUUGAGACCUUGCCAUUCAGAGUAAACAGUAUGGGGCUUAGUGGACCAAGGAUCGGACUCUGUGUAUUUCCCCCCCCCCCCCACAAACAAUUUUUUAUUAAUUUUCCAAAAUUUUGAGCAAACAAACAAACAUACAUACAUCUGAGCUAUACUUAAUCCAAUCUUAGUAACAUUGUUAAGUGACGUCCUCAAAUCCCCCCGGCUGAAUUUCAGUGUAUAUCAUUGUAACAGUUUUCCAAAACCAAUUUUCUCAUAUAAUUAACUUAAUCACUUAACAUCUUACUUUGUUUUCAUUUUGACUUUAAACAUAUUCUUCUCCAACAUCACAUAUUUAAAUCCUAAGACUAUCUAUUAUUUGCAAGUUUUUCCAAUUAAGUUAUCUUAACAUAUUUAACUAAAUAGUCUUUGAAUUUCAUCCAUUCCUCCUGGUACUCCUCCUCCUUCUGGUCACAGACUCUUCCAGUCAGGUCGGCUAGCUCCGAAAAGUCCAUCAUCUUCAUCUGCCAUUCCUAACGACCGGACUCUAAUUAAGGCAGCUUCCAAUCUGCUUCAUUACCUUUGCUUCCUUUUUAUGCUUUUCCUCAUCCGCCUCUUAGCCUCCCGGCCUUUCCUUUGCUGCUGCAGCUGCUCCUCCUUCUGCCGCCACCCCCUCCCCGUUUGCAUGCCAUUACGUGGGCUGUUAACCUGUGUGUCACUAACCCAUCUCGCUUGUUUGUCUCGCCCCCCACCCCUUCCUCAGACCGCUCGUGCGGGAGCCCCCGGGAGCAGGCUAGACCUCGCCCAGCCCGGAGCGGCGAGAGGGAGCCCCAGAGGCCGAGGGAACCCCGACGGGGCCCCCCUCUAUUGUCCGAGGGGCUGGACUUGGAAGUUUUGGGGAGCUCCUCGGAAGCGAGGCAGGCCGGAGGCGGCCAGAGGGAGAGGCAGGACAGGAACUGGGGCGGCCGGGAGAGGCCUCGGAGGCCUCCUUCGGACACGGAGGAGGAAAGCCGUCGGGACGGAGACCGCCGGGAAAGGAAGCUGUCCAGCCAGGAAAGACAUUGGAGGCCCUCUUCGCUCGCGCUGGACGGGGAGGUCCAGCCCCACGCAGGGGGGCGGAGAGAAAGGCGGCCAGGGAGCCGAGAGGGUCGCCACAGGACGCCCCCUUUUCCGCUGGACUGGGAAGAUGAGAGGGUGCGUCUAGAGAGUGGUGGCCGGCCCCGUAAGCCCCGGGAGAGGCGGUCCCCUAGCUCAGAGAGGUCCCCGCGGCCGGCACACCUGAGCACUGACUGGGAGGAAAGGCCCCGUCUGGGCCGCAGCUGUUCCCCAGACCUGGAUCGCCAGAGGCGACCACCCCGCCAGGACCGGGAGUCGCCCAGGCCCCCCUCCCGCGACCCCAGGCUGCAGGACCUGGAAGCACCAGCACCCCGGAGAGGCGGCAGGAGGGACGGAGAAAGGGAACGUCGCAACGGGGCAAGCGCCUCGCCCUCCUCGCACUGCGGGGAAGACCUGGGAGCCGGUGCCCAGCGCCGUAAGGAUCCAGGUAACAAGGCGCCCGCGGUGGGCACUGAUUUCUGGUGAAGGCAUCCCUGCAAAAUCUCUCCUCCUCUGGUUCUGUUGGAAUUUAAUUCAAUUUAAUUUACGCAAGCUUGGUUCUAAUUUUAGCCUGUUGCUGUUUUAACUUUUCCGAAGUUUAUUGUUGUUGGCUUUUCUCGGCGGUGAUGUUACGGCUUUUAUCUUUUCUUUUCUUUUUUGUAAAUUGAUGUUUGCUUGUUUUUUUGACAUUCGAGCGGUGUAUACAUUUUACGAAAUAAAUAAAACGGUUCCUGCUUAGGCAACCCUCAAAACACACACCGGGUAGAGAAUCCCAGCUUCGUUUGCGUGAAAGUCUCUGGCUUCAGGUAGGAACACGUUAAGUGCAAACUUGGAGUGCGGCUUUCGUUUCUGUGGGUUGGUUUUUUAAAAAACAAACCAUCAGAGUCUAAUUCUGGCCCUGUUAGUAAUGUUCUGCACAUUUCAUAUGUGCUGGAGAACUGUCAGAUUCCAGCUGAAGGAACCUUCCGUCGUUCUGAGAUAUAUAUAUAUAAAAAAUUUAAUCUGUCUCUGUUUGGCUUUCCUGGUUCAUUUUCCCUCCAAGCUGAAACGGAGGACAGUCUUGGGCCUGAAAACAAAGGCCGUUCUGUCAGACUGGGGCGGAAGAUGCAACAGGCCUUAUUUUUCCACACAGGAGGAAAAAAUUAGGCGUUCUUGGCUCCCAUGCCGACGCCAGAUUCGCUUCAGGCCAAGCGCUAGCAGAUUGCAAACCAACUUAGAACGGUCUACUUAGGAGAAUCGUAUUCCUGCCGCGAUGCUUUUCCUGGUUGUGCAGUGACAUUUUAAUCGGCCACUAUAUCUUGAAAACGGCUCUGCUUUGGACGGUUUUGCAACCUUAGCGCCGGGGAGUUUUCUGCUGCUUAAUGCCCUCCUCUGUCGCUACUCCAUCAUUUGUAUUGUGCUGAAUCUCAGGCAGCUGCUUCCCAGAUGAUAAAAACACACAGGCCCCCGCCCGGAGCAGCUGGCGGUCGUGAAACGGCACCGAUUCAAAGACUCGGAGGCUGCACCCCGCAGCAGAAUAAAGCCAGUUUUCCAAGUAAUACUUUGGAGCAGGCAUGGAAGGAGUCUUGUCCUCUUGGUGACUGUUAUUCUGGGAUCCUGUUCAGCAUUGCGAGGAAUCCCAGAACCAGUAAGCUAGAAGUUCGUAAAAGGAUUCAUUGCAUGGAGAAGCUGGGUAGAGAAAGCUUUUGCUUCCUCCUUGCAAUGGCUGUGCAAGUUGGCCAUUAAAAAUAUUUAUAAAAUCCUCAUAAUAGGCUUAGUGACAGUGCUUAGCCUCCUUCUCUAGCCUUCCAGCUGUGUUGAAAGGAUCUGAUGGGAGUUGUAGUCUGAACAUCUGGAGGGCACCAGGUUGGGGGAGGCAGGGUUUUCCUGAGUGCCCAGCAAGUGCUUCUCUCUGUAUUUGCUGGAACAACGACCUUGCAAGGUAGGUUGGUCCAAAGAACAACUCUGGGCGAAUCCCAACAAAAUCUCGAAAGCACAACAAAACGUCAGACAUUUAACACUUCCUCCGCAGGGCUGCCUUCAGAUGUCUUCUAAAAGUCAAACAGUUGCUUGUUUCCUUGACAUCUGACGGGAGGGAGUUCCACAGGGCAGGCAGUUAAUUCCACAGAGUGGGUUCUCUUCUCGCCCCCAUGUUGCAGGUGCAUGGCGGAUGGACUGAUCUUUGCAAUUUUCCACACAAACAACAUGCACGCUGUUUUCGGUGAUAUUUCCCCUUUCAGUUUUUGCGAUGUUUGCCGUGGCUGAAAAUAGCUCCCGUCUAUCUGUGAGCAGAUGCUUGCAUCCUCUUCCUGCUGCUGCUUCUAAUCAUAGCUGGCUCCCUGUUGCAACCCGAGACAUUGCCAUGGCUGUGCGGGAGGAGCGCCGAAGCCCCCUUCAUCGGCCUCUUUGCACACUUACGGAGCUACCGUAUUUUUCGCUCCAUAAGAUGCACCUGACCAUAAGACGCACCUAGUUUUUAGAGGGGGAAAGCAAGAAAAAAAAUAUGCUGCGCAGAGCAUGUAAGCGGCUCUUGCUUUUCUUGCUUUAAACCCUUCCCUCCCUCCUCCUGCUUCGCUGAGAAGCCAGCAGAGCAAGAGCGAGAGCUGCGCAGCGCCUCUUCUGCUGGCUUCCCAGCAAAGAGGGACGAGGGACGAAAGGGAGCUCUUACAAGGGAGCGCUGAGCAGAGCCUGGCAGUGGCUCUUCCUGGCUUUUCUGGGAGGUGUGGGAAGAGACAGAGGGCAGCCUGGCAGUCCCUUCUCCCUCCUCAGGGAAAAGCCCCCAAGAGCCGCACACACGCUCCACACGGCUCUUUAAAGGGAGCGCUGAGCAGAGUCUCCCACCUGCAUUCGCUCCAUAAGAUGCACACACAUUUCCCCCUACUUUUUAGGAGGGGGAAAGUGUGUCUUAUGGAGCGCAAAAUACGGUACUUUCCGGGCAGACUUAUUUAAGUCUGUGCGUUCCUUCUGCACCCCGGGUGCUCCUGCAGGUUGGAGCGAACCCCUCCAGGCUGCCUGGACCAGUUUUAAAAUUAUCUUCCACCGCAGACAUCUGCAGCCUGAGAGCAUAAGAGCAUCUGUGGCCCACCUGGUCCAGCAUCCUGUUUUCACAGUAGCUGACCAGAUGCCCCAAAAGGAAACCCCAAAACAGGAUCCGAGCGCGAGAGCCCUCUCUCUCCCUCCCUGCCUUCCCCGGCAGCUGAGAUUCAGGAGCACGGCUGCCUCCGUUUGUGGAAGCGGGGCAGGGCAGAGCCAUCGUAGCUGGGAGCUGUUCAUAGCCCUCUUCCAUGAAUUUGUCUGAAGGGGUGGGGAGAGACCCCAGAGUGCACAGAAGACCCCUGGCUGCUCCACAUGUUUCGAGUACUAUAAUUCUUUGUGAUGGGUGACUUGCAAUUGUGUGCAUGCAAUCCUAGAAUUGGGACCACCAGGGCCAUCUAGUCUGACCCCAGCAAUGCAGGACUCUUUGUGUCUUGUGUCAGGAGUCUUGUGUUCCACCAACUGAGCUAUCUGGAAGCCUCUCAACUGGGCAGAAAGUCACCCAGGUAGUUGCCUCCUCCUGAGUCAGGCUGGCCAAUGCAGUUCAGUAUUGUUAACACAGGCAGGCAGCCGUGUCUCUCCUGGGUUAUAUAAAUAAUAAUAAUAAUAAUAAUAAUAAUUUUAUUAUUUAUACCCUGCCUAUCUGGCUGGGUUUCCCCAGGCGCUCUGGGCUGCUUCCAAUGAAAGAUUAAAAAUACAUUAAAACGUCAAACCUUAAAAACUUCCCUAAACAGGGCUGCCUUCAGAUCUUCUAAAAGUCAGAUAGUUGUUUCUUUCCUUGACAUCUGAUGGGAGGGCAUUCCACAGGGCGGGCGCCACCACCGAGAAGGCCCUCUGCCUGGUUCCCUGUAAUGUCACUUCUCGCAGGGAGGGAACUGCCAGAAGGCCCUCGGAACUGGACAUUAGUGUCCGGGCAGAACGAUGUGGGUGGAGACGUUCCUUCAGGUCUACUGGGCCUUUGAGGCCGGUUUUAGGCCAGAGGCGUUUCCCGCCUUGCCUGGAGGUGCUCUUGGAGAUUGAGCCUUCUGCAUGCAAGGCAGGGGCUCUGCCGCUGAGAUUACGGCCCUUCUCUGACUUCUGGAUCGAGGUGGGAUGGCGUAGGUCAGUUAAGGAGGAGGUGUGUUCCAUGGAGAAAGUUGCAGGUGGGCAAAGCCUCUGCCUGCAUCCCUGGUGGGAUGCUCUGAAUUGGAAUAGAUGGACCAACAUCAAGCAGUCAAGGUGUCUGUCUUCUAGGAAGACACACAGAACAUAUGCAGAUCCACACAGUCUUCGUAAUUUGUGUUACCUUGGUGCAGAACUAUUUUUUUAUCUGUGUCGGUAGCUCUGAAUUUAGCUGGCGCAUUAAUUAUUUCCCCUUCUGUGACUGAGGAAUGUGGCUUCUCGUCUCUUAAGGAACGAAAACGCGGGGGGCGAAGGAUGCCAGUUACCACAAAGGCCGCCCAGCAGCCCCCCAGGACCAGGAGCUCUACGAUGCAGAGAUCGCCCGGAAGCUGCAGGAGGAGGAGCUGUUGGUGAGUGGGACGGAUUUGGGCUUCAUCCCAGAGACACAGAGAGAGUGUUUGGGGGUGGAAGUGACUCUGAGUUUGGAGCACUGAGGAUCAUUCAGUAGCAACAAGCAGCGCUGGGUACCAUUAAGUGUUUCAGCAGCACAUGUUUCACUGUGAUGCAGCAGCAAAAAAAGCUAAUGCGAUUCUAGGCUGCAUCAACAGAAAUCUAGUGUCCAGAUCAAGGGAAGUCAUAGUUCCACUCUAUUAUGCCCUGGUCAGACCACACCUGGAAUACUGGGUCCAGUUCUGGGCGCCACAAUUUAAGAAGGAUGUUAACAAGCAGGAAGGUGUGCAGAUGAGGGUGACCAAGAUGAUCAAGGGUCUGGAAAGAAAGCCAUAUGAGGAGAGGUUGAAGGAUCUGGGUAUGUUUAGCCUGGAAAGGGGAAGACUCCAGAAAUGAUACGGUUGUUGUUGUUGUUAAGUCGUUUAGUCGUGUCUGCCUCUUUGUGACCCCCUGGACCAGAGCACGCAAGGCACUCCUGUCUUCCACUGCCUCCCACAGUUUGGUCAAACUCAUGCUGGUAGCUUCGAGAACACUGUCCAACCAUCUCAUCCUCUGUCGUCCCCUUCUCCUUGUGCCCUCCAUCUUUCCCAACAUCAGGGUCUUUUCCAGGGAGUCUUCUCUUCUCAUGAGGCGGCCAAAGUCUUGGAGCCUCAGCUUCAGGAUCUUUCCUUCCAGUGAGCACUCAGGGCUGAUUUCCUUCAGAAUGGAUCGGUUUGAUCUUCUUGCAGUCCAUGGGACUCUCAAGAGUCUCCUCCAGCACCAUAACCUCCUUCACAUAUCAAAACAGCUGUCCUAUGGAAGGUGCAGCAAGCUUAUUUUCUGCUGCUCCGGAGGGUAGCCACCUAGUCCAACCCCUGCAAUGCCAGACUCACAGCUAAACCAUCCCUGAGUGGCCAACUUCUGUUUAGAAACCUCCAGUAAGUCCUAAAAGGCUUCAGCUGGAAAGAAUCGCUUCUGACCAACCAUGCCUGGGUUUCUUGUUUCACGAAAGCUCUUGUUUUUCCUCUUGUCUCCUCUUCAGGCCAGCCACGUGGACAAGAGAGCAGCGCAGGUCGCCCAGGAUGAGGUAAGCAUUUGCAUAUGCAAAUAAGGGAAUGGGGAGUGUCUGCCUUUGGAGCUGAGGAGGCAACUGGCUUUCUGAGAUCUUGCUUCUUAGUGGAGCUCCAACUCCAGACUCUUUCCACUGAUCCCCCUCCUUUCCCCUCUUUGUGUUCAAGCUCAGGCUUGCAAAUAUCUCUGCGUAGGGAGCCUGCCAACAGCUCUCCCCUUUGCUUCCUGCCAUUGGCUGCCUCUCUGCACCGCCCACCCCCCCAAAAAAGCUGGCCUCGCUCAGAGCCAGACCCAAACCCUCCUUCCCUCAUACAGAGAAGGGGUCCUGGCACCUGUUGUGGUGCUAGGAUACUGUUUGUUGACCUGCCGCCUUUCAGCCAAAAGGCUCUCUGGAGUAAAUAUGCAUGUAGAUACAAAAUGAUGUGAAUGAUGAGAAUUGAACAGGGAUGCAAAAGCGAGCAGUGAAAGAGAUGAAAGCAUCUUUGACGAAAGCUUUUCUGCAGGAGGGGAGAGCGCAGUGGGGCUCAGGGCCUGCUUGUGGGAUUUCCUUGUGGGAGUCUGGUCGGCCACUGUGAGGAGGAGCCCAGCUGCCUGGCCUCUUCUUAGCUCCUUGGGAUUCCUAAAUGGAGCCAUGGACAAAACCAGCCUACCUUAAUCACGGUAGAGAACAAGAGCGGGAGAAGCUCUUCCACUCGCAUCCUGCUGGAGGGUUUCGGCCCCUGUGAGGAUGCUGGUCUAGGUGGGUCCCUCGUGGGCCUAAUCCAGCUGCUGAGCUCCUUGUAACAUUCUAUUUAUAUAUACAUUUUUGUUGCUGUUGUCGUUUAGUCGUGUCCGACUCUUCGUGACCCCCUGGACCAGAGCACACCAGGCACUCCUGUCUUCCACUGCCUCCCGCAGUUUGGUCAAACUCAUGCUGGUAGCUUCGAGAACACUGUCCCACCAUCUCGUCCUCUGUCGUCCCCUUCUCCUUGUGCCCUCCAUCUUUCCCAACAUCAGGGUCUUUUCCAGGGAGUCUUCUCUUCUCCUGAGGUGGCCAAAGUAUUGGAGUCUGAGCUUCAGGAUCUGUCCUUCCAGGGAGCACUCAGGGCUGAUUUCCUUCAGAAUGGAGAGGUUUGAUCUUCUUGCAGUCCAUGGGACUCUCAAGAGUCUCCUCCAGCACCAUAGUUCAAAAGCAUCCAUUCUUCGGCGAUCAGCCUUCUUUAUGGUCCAGCUCUCGCUUCCAUACAUCACUACUGGGAAAACAAUGGCUUUUACUAUAUGGACCUUUGUUGGCAAGGUGAUGUCUCUGCUUUUUAAGAUGCUGUCUAGGUUUGUCAUUGCUUUUCUCCCAAGAAGCAGGCGUCUCUUAAUUUCGUGGCUGCUGUCACCAUCUGCAGUGAUCAUGGAGCCCAAGAAAGUAAAAUCUCUCACUGCCUCCAUUUCUUCCCCUUCUAUUUGCCAGGAGGUGAUGGGACCAGUGGCCAUGAUCUUUGUUUUUUUGAUGUUGAGCUUCAAACCAUAUUUUGCGCUCUCCUCUUUCACCCUCAUUAAAAGGUUCCUUAAUUCCGCCUCACUUUCUGCCAUCAAGGUUGUGUCAUCUGCAUAUUAUUAGGUUUUUUUAACAUAUCAUUUUCAACAGUAAUUAAACUUUUACAUCUUAUUCAAAUUUUCGACUUCCAUCAAUCCUGUUUGAAAAUUUCCCAAUCUAAUCUCUCAAUAUGCAUUUCUUAUCUUCCCUAUUACAUUUCAAACUCAUAACUAUCUCUUAUCUUUUUUUACUUGGUAACACUUCGUAUAUUUCUCCUUACAAAACUUCUUGUAGUCCUACUAGUGUAAUUUGUUGAUUACAGGUGCUCUUCAAAUAGUUCAUAUGCUUCUUCCAAUCUUCUGUAAAUCUCUGGUCCCGCAGGUUUUGAAUCCUUCCUGUCAUUUCGUCCAAUUCUGCGUAGUCCAUUAAUUUCGUCUGCCAUUCUUCUUUUGUCGGAAUUUCUUCUUGUUUCCAUUUCUGGGCUAACAAUACUCUUGCCGCAGUUGUUGCAUAUAAAAACAAUUUAACAUCUUGCCUAUUAAUGUCCUGAUCUAUAAUACCAAGUAAAACUGCUUCUGGUAUUUGAAAAAAAGGAAUAUUUCAACAUCUUUUUCAUCUCAUUAUAUAUCAUUUCCCAGGAGUUCUUUACUUUUUUUACAUUCCCACCACAUAUGAUAAAAUGUUCCUUUUUUUUCCUUUACAUUUCCAACAUUUAUUAUUUGUCUUAUAUAUUUUAGCUAAUUUCACUGGUGUAAUAUACCAUCUAUACAUCAUUUUCAUCAUAUUCUCUUUCAAAGCAUCCUUGUAACGUUCUUAUCCUGCUGUUUCUGCUAGGAAAUAGCUCGCCUGUUGCUGGCAGAGGAGAAGAAGGCUUACAAGAAAGCCAAGGAACGGGGAAAGUCUUCUCUGGAGAAGAAGAAGCAGGACCCAGACUGGAAGGUGGGUGAUGCGUCUGGAGUUGACUUUGUCUCUCUUUGCCGGGCGGAGCUCUCCUACGAUGAUUGAUUUAAUCUGCCCAGGGCAACCCAAAGCGACUUACAACUAAACCAAUAGAUAGCAAACCUGCACAGGUACAUUAAAACCAAGAGGAAAGAGAAAUCUAUUAAAAGCAUCCCCAAGGCCAAAGGAAUUACAGUAGUACCUUGGUUCUCAAACUUAAUCCGUUCCGGAAGUCUGUUCCAAAACCAAAGCGUUCCAAAACCAAGGUGCUCUUUCCCAUAGAAAGUAAUGCAAAACAGGUUAAUCCGUUCCAGAGUUUUAAAAACAACCCCUAAAACAGCAAUUGAACAUGAGUUUUACUAUCUAACAAGACCAUUGAUCCAUAAAAUGAAAUCAGUAAACAAUGUACUGCAUUCACACAAUCAAUCAAUCAGUCAGUCGCUGAACUGGGUUCCACACAGUCGCAAAAACAAAACAAAAAGAGCUGCAAACAGCGUAACACUCAAAUCGGAAGCGAAACACUCAAAACGGAGCAUGUUCAGCUUCUGGAAAAAGUUCGCAAACUGGAACACUGACUUCCGGGGUUGCAGUGUUUGGGUUCCAAGGCAUUUGAGAACCAAGGUGCCACUGCAGUCUGAUCCUCUUUUAAAGGCUUCCCAGUUGGUGGCCCUGGCUGGCUCCUGGGGCAGGGAGUUCCACAGGUUAACUCUGCGCCGCGUGACGGAGGACUUUAUUUUGUCGUGUUCCGGUCUGAGCUGACUGCCUUCCUUUCCCUCCUCUCCCCAGCACGACUCACACGAAUCGGUGCGCCCGAGGUCAAGGGAAGGUCACGAAGGUCACCGGUCCAGAAGCGACAAGCCAACGAGGUGAGAGGGAUCCCCGAUCCGUGAUCCAGGAGUGCAGGUGGGGAAGCCUCAUCUGGUCAAAUGGCCUCGGCUGGUGGUGUGAUGCCAGGAUGCAUUUUUUGGUUUGUGUCUCCUUCAUCUCCAUCUCUUUAAGGCAGGCUUCCUCAACCUCGGCCCUCCAGAUGUUUGGGACUACAACUCCCAUCAUCCCUAGCUAACAGCACCAGUGGUCAGGGAUGAUGGGAAUUGUAGUCCCCAGACACCUGGAGGGCCAAGUUUGGCCAUGCCUGCUUUAAGGGGUUGGACUUUGCAGUUUUGUGAUUCAAUUAUCUAUCUCCCUGCACAUAGAAAACUAGUAAUAAUAAUAAUAAUAAUAAUAAUAAUAAUAAUAAUAAUUUAUUAUUUAUACCCCGCCCAUCUGGCUGAGUUUCCCCAGCCACUCUGGGUGGCUUCCAAUCAAGUGUUAAAAACAAUACAGCAUAAAAUACUAAAAACUUCACUAAACAGGGCUGCCUUCAGAUGUCUUUUAAAAAGAAGAUAGCUGCUUAUUUCCUUCACAUCUGAAGGGAGGGCGCCACCACCGAGAAGGCCCUCUGUCUGGUUCCCUGUAACCUCACUUCUGGCGGAGGGAUCUGCCAGAAGGCCCUCAGAGCUGGACCUCAGUGUCCGGGCUGAACGAUGGAGGUGGAGACGCUCCUUCAGGUGUACAGGACUGAGGCCGUUUAUGGCUUUAAAGGUCAGCAGCAACACUUUGAAUUGUGCUCAGAAACGUACUGGGAGCCAAUGUAGGUCUCUCAGGACCGGUGUUAUGUAGUCUCGGCGGCCGCUCCCAGUCACCAGUCUAGCUGCCGCAUUCUGGAUUAGUUGUAGUUUCCGGGUCACCUUCAAAGGUAGCCCCACGUAGAGCGCAUUGCAGUAGUCCAAGUGGGAGAUAACCAGAGCAUGCACCACUCUAGUGAGACAGUCUCCGGGCAGGUAGGGUCUCAGUCCACGUACCAGAUAGAGCUGGUAGACAGCUGCCCUGGACACAGAAUUGACCUGCGCCUCCGUGGAAAACUGUGAAUCCAAAAUGACUCCCAGGCUGCGCACCUGGUCCUUCAGGGGCACAGUUACCCCAUUCAGGACCAGGGAGUCCUCCACACCAGUCCGCCCCCUGUCCCUCAAAAACAGUACUUCUGUCUUGUCAGGAUUCAACCUCAAUCCAUUAGCUGCCAUCCAUCCUCCAACCGCCUCCAGACACUCACACAGGACCUUCACCGCAUUCGCUGGUUCUGAUUUAAAAGUAUGUCGGGUAGAAGGGAAUCACCUUCCCCCUGGCACCUAGCUUUCUAAGUGCAGAGAGGAAGGUUGAGCCAGAGGAGAUUCUACCUGCAGCGCACGUCACAUGGCGGGUCCUCACCUCAGCAAAAACUUUCCCUGCUUCCCUCUCAAGCUAUGCAACCAGAUCGCCAGCCCUUUGGCUCACAAUAUUGUGUCGUGCGCAACCGCUGGUGCUUCGUUGGCAUCAUGUGAACGUUUCACAGCGGGUGCAGAGUGCUUUCAGUGCACGGGGUUAGGUCCCAUUUUACAGAUGGAGGGACUGAGGCUGAAGUUGAUUUUUAACAGACGGAGGCUCAGUCCUGUUUGUUUCGUAAAAUUUACACGCCGCUCGAUUGUAAAGGGCAGGGGAGCAGAGACCCUCCAAGCAGUUUGCAGAGAGAAUAAAUCAGUAAGAUGACCCGCAAAAAACAAGUACCGUAUUUUUCGCUCUAUAGGACGCACCGGAGCAUAGGAGGGGGAGAACAGGUAAAAAAAUUUUUUCCUUGUUCUUCGCCCUCUAAAACAAGCCUCCGGAGAGCAGCGGGAGUUACCUUGGAAGCCUGGAGAGCGAGAGGCGUCGGUGUGCACUGACCCCUCUCACUCUCCAGGCUUCAGUGAAGGCAACCCGAAGCCUCUGGAGCGCGGGGGGGGGGGGGGUUCCCGCUGGGCUCCGGAGGCUUCAGGUUCUUUUUGACCUGCUCUUUGGGGCUGGCGGGGGGAAGCACUGCUUUCCCCCACCGCCAGCCCCAAAGAGCAGGUUGGGGAACAGCGCAAAGGCUGCGUGCAGCCUUGCCGCUGCCCCCCGAGCUUGUGGGGCUGGUGGUGGGGGGAAGCGCUGCUUUCCCCCACCGCCAGCCUCAAAGAUCCCUGAAGCUUUUGGAGCGCAGCGCAAGUUCUGCUGUGGAGGUUCCAAAGGCACCCCGCUGCCCUGCGGAGGCUUUGCACAGCUAACCCCAAGCUAGAACAGCGAGACGGAGCUUUGGGCUUAGCCGCGCAGCCUGCAUUCGCUCUAUAGGACGCACACACAUUUCCCCUUAAUUUUUGGAGGGGAAAAAGUGCAUCCUAUAGAGUGAAAAAUACGGUAUUUAAAACACUAAAAAAGUGAUUGGGAGGGGGAGAACCAGCUGUAAGUGGACCCUUUGGGGGAAGGCUUUGCAGCGUCAACCUUUUGGGAACAGGCUGGCCGACAGAUCCUUUUUCCAAACCGUUUCCCUGCUCUCUUUGCCAGGCCUCCUCCUCCACCCUCUGAGGAUCUGGACCACCUUUGUAACCUUACAAGCCAGCAGAACUUGGCACAUCAAACGCCCAGACCAGAGCCUUCUCAUAAAGGUGAGGGGGGCAGCGCCCCCACCCACUCGGGGGAAUAGUGGCACUCCUUUUCGGUCUCCAACUUGCUUAUUUUUGGGGUGCUGUUGGCCCAUCUAGAUUGAACAUCUGAUACCCUUUCAGACGUGUUGUGGGGGAGGCUGUGGGUUAUUGACUUGUUUCUCUUCCUGUUUUUAUUAUGUAUUUUUGUUGGGGGUGGGGCAGGUUUCUUGUAUGCUUAUGCUGUGAACAGCCCUGAGAUCUACGGAUGAAGGGCAGUAGACAAAUUUAAUUAAUCAAAAUAAUAGUCCAACAUCCUGUGGCCCACCUGAUGCCCGAAUGGGAAACCAGGAAGCAGAACAGAAACAAAGGAGCACACUCCUCCUGACAGACAGAAUUUUAUUUUAUUUUAUUUUAUUUUAUUUAUUUUAUUUUUUCCAACAACUGGAAUCCAGAUGUAUUGCUGGCCUCUGACUAUAAUACUGUGAUGUUGAAUUCCUUGCUUUAUACUUGAUGUUGCAAACGUACUUUUAAAAUUUGCAGAAUACAGAACAUUCUUAGGCUUUUUUAAAAAAUAUAUAUAUUUAUUAUAUUUAUUAGUUUUCCAUUAAAAACAUCGAAUUAAUAUCAAAUCCAAUCAUAAUCCAAAUCAAGGGGAAAAAACCAAAUUACAAUCCAAAUUAUUAAUUAUUAAAUUUCGAAUGGGCUUCUGGACCUUCAAGGUUCAGAAGUAUUCUUAGGCUUUUGAUCCCGUCUGGGAAUCUGCCAACUAUAUUGCUGCUACAGCAUAAUCACAAGGCAUACCUUCCAUCAUUCCACAUUGUUCUGUGAACUGCCCUGAGACCACCAGGUGUAGGGCGGUUUAAUAAUAAUAAUAAUAAUAAUAAUAAUAAAUCCUGACUAGUAGUCUUAUAUACAAUUAUAUAUAAUUAUAUACCAUUAUAUACAAUUUUUUUAUACCUAGAAAGAAAACGAAACAAAAAAGAAAGAACAAAAGGGAAAAAACAAAAACAAUUUCCCCCCCAAAAUCAUAUACAUACCAACACACUAGACUUCCUGUCUUUCCCGUUGUAUAUUCCUUUUUUUUACAAAUGAACGUACUCUUAGUAUUGUAUGUUUCUUUACAUAUUACCUAAUGCAUUCCUAUAUCAAUAUGUGCUCUUAGUCUUAUUUCUCAACUCAGUCUCACUCCAACGUCAAUCAAAUGCUAGCAUAGAUAGCAAACCUUUACUGUACUUUUGAACAUAUGUUUUAUAUCUAUCCCACUUUUCCAUAAUUUUUUGUUUUGAAUUGCCUCUCAGGGUAUUUGUUAACUGCACCCUUUCAGCAAAUUCUUGUAGCUGCAAGCUGCAAAAUUUAAAUUUGAAGUGUUGGCCUCUCGAGAAAGCCUCUGCCACGGGCCAUCUCACUCGCAAGCAGGAAAGGGAAAUGAGAUUCGAGAGCUCUGCGGUCUUUUAAACAGGAAGGACUGAUUUAAACUUGCCGAUACGCUUACCUAAUUUAUUUAUAGAAAUAUUUAUAUACUGCUGUUUCAUACAGAUAUCAAAGCAGUUUUAAUACAAAGGUACAGAAGGGAAUCCACGCAAAAAGUUAAAAAUGGACCCCAGUUAAUUUAGAUGUAAGACGUUUUAAGAACUGCAACAUGUUCCUGCAUUCUUUUUUAAAACAUGUUGAUAUACGGCACUAAAAUAAUAGCAUCUUUGUUUUCCACAAGAGCUGAAAGGUUUGUUGCUCUUCUCAAGACAGCGAGGGGACUGAAAGCAAGUUAAUAUUUCUCUUUCUUUCAUUUGCAGGUUACCACUAUAAGCAGUAG